CUCCGCAGCCCUCCGGCCACUUCCGCUUCCGGCACUCAGCGUUCCGCCACUUCCGCUUCCGGCGUCUCGUUCCGCGGCCGCCAUCACCGCCGGGCCCGGUCGGUGCCGCCGCCGCCGCCGCCGCCGCCAUGGGCGCUCACCUGGGCCGCCGCUACCUGUGGGACGCCGAGGCCGAGCCCGACCCGCUGAACAUGCCGUCCUUCCCCGCCGAGCUGGGGCUGCCGGGCCGCCAGCCGCGCGCCAUGGUGGCCUCGGCGGCGCAGCUGGCCCAGGCCCGGGUGCCGCUGGAGCAGCGCGACUUCUGUGGGCACCACCUGCUGCGGCUGCUGCGCUGCCAGCGGGACACGUUCCCCGUGCCAUGGCAGUGCCACCCGCUGCGCCACCGCUGGGACAGCUGCCAGCAUGAGGACUACGUGAUGCGCAUGAAGGAGUUUGAGCGCGAGCGGCGACUGCGGCUGCGGCAGCAACGGCUGCGACAGCGGCACGGGGACGGGGACGGGGACAGCGAGUGACAGCGAGGGACACUGAGUGACACUGCGGGGACAGCGAUGGGGACAGCAACAGGGACAGCAAGUGACAGCGAGUGACAGCGAGGGACACCGAGGGACACUGCGGGGACAGCGAGUGACACCGGGGGACACCGAGGGACACUGCGGGGACAGCGUGGGGACAGCGAUGGGGACAGCGAGGGACACUGGAGACACUGAGUGACACCAGGAACACCAUGGUGACAUCGAAUGACACCGAGUGACACCGAGGACACCGCAGUGACACCCGGUGACAGUGACAUGAGGCCCCCCCGCGCAGUAAAGGCCCCGAGUGACACCCAGUGACACGGAGUGACAUCAAGUGACACCCGGUGACACCACAGUGACGGUGACACAAGGUCCCCCAGUGCCAUAAAGGCCCCGAGUGACACCCGGUGACAUCGGUGACACCACGGUGACGGUGACACGAGGAACCCCGUGCAGUAAAGCCCCCGAGUGACCCCGGUGACACUUUGGUGACCCCGGUGAAACCGUGGUGACCCCGAGUGACACCGGUGACACUGUGGUGAUGGUGACACUGAUGCCACCCUGCUCAAUAAAGCCCCCGAGUGAC